AUGGGAUCUGGUAGUUCUGUAAAUGCCAACUACAAGUACUCCCUGCAGAAGUCUGAAAACGCUUUCAAGGCAGCCGUCUUGAUCCAGCGCUGGUAUCGGCGCUAUGUCGCUCGGCUGGAAAUGCGCCGACGUUGCACCUGGAGAAUCUUCCAAUCCAUUGAGUAUGCCUGCGAGCAGGAUCAGAUCAAGCUUCACAAUUUCUUCAGUUACCUCAUGGACCACUUCACGCCAAGCAGCAGUAAAGAGAGGGACUUUAUCAGUCGCAUGUUCAUAAGUGGGGAAAGCUUCAAAGAUGCAGAGCUGGAAAAAUACUGUGACUACGAAUCCAUGGUGGUGCCAGACUCCUACACCGGACCCCGUCUCUCCUUCCCACUCCUUCCUGACCAUGCAACUGCCUUGCUGGAAGCUUUCAAACAGAAACAACAGCUCCACGCUCGCUAUGUCUUAAACCUCCUGCAUGAGACCAGGAAGCACCUCAAGCAGUUGCCAAACAUCAGCCAUGUCUCCACCUGCUAUAGCGAGGAGGUCACCGUGUGUGGAGACUUGCAUGGGCAGCUGGAUGAUUUGUUCCUCAUAUUUUAUAAGAAUGGCCUUCCUUCUCCUUCCAAGUCCUAUGUGUUCAAUGGGGACUUUGUAGACAGAGGCAAACAGUCCCUUGAGAUCCUCAUCAUCCUCUUUGCCUUCCUCUUGAUCUACCCCAAAGAGCUUCAUCUCAACCGUGGGAACCAUGAAGACCAUAUGGUCAACUUACGCUACGGUUUCACCAAAGAAGUAAUGCAGAAAUACAAGGUCCAUGGGAAGAAAAUCUUGAAGAUGAUUCAGAAUGUAUUUUGCUGGCUGCCCUUGGCUACCCUGAUUGAUCAGAAAGUCCUCAUUAUACAUGGGGGCAUCUCUGACACUACUGACCUGGACAUGCUUGAGAAAAUUCAAAGGAACAAAUUUCUUUCUGUAUUAAGAGGGAAGAAAAGCAAAGAGUCCAAUACAAAUGUGGAAAUACAGGAAAUAAAUGGGGAGAGCAAAGUAGAGGCUGACCCAGCAGGGAAGGAGGCAUCUCCCAGUUUAUCUCCCCAGCCUCGGUCAGCCCAGGCUCCCAGCAUGGCCAACAGACUGGAGUUCUCCAGGUGGGUCCGACAGACAGUGCAGGAGCAAAUUGAGUCGUGCCGGCGGCUGGUGGACAUCAGUGAGUCGGAGCCAGAGGAGCUCACCUAUUCCAGCAUGGUCUCCUUGACUGAUCCAGAUGGGCCGUGCUGGACUCAACAGGAGUACUGGAAGCAGAUUUUAGACAUCCUCUGGAGUGACCCUAUGCCUCAGGAGGGCUGCAAAACAAAUACAGUGCGAGGUGGUGGCUGCUACUUUGGGCCUGACGUGACAGGGAAGUUUCUUGAUAAGUACAACCUGCAGUUCCUCAUUCGUUCCCACGAGUGCAAGCAAGAGGGCUACGAGUUCUGUCACAACAGGAAGGUGCUGACCAUAUUUUCAGCCUCAAACUACUACGAGAUUGGCAGCAACAGAGGAGCCUAUGUGAAGCUGGGACCAGACCUUGUCCCCCACUUUGUUCAGUACCAAGCAAACAAGACAGCCCACACUCUCACCAUGACCCAAAGAAUCAGCAGAGUAGAGGAGUCAGCCUUUCGAGCCUUGCGGGAAAAGCUCUUUGCUCACACCUCAGCCCUCAUCAGUGCAUUCAAGGCCUACGAUAAGGACAAUACGGGACAGAUCACACUGAGCAACUGGGCAACGGCAGUGGAGUCAGUUGUGCAGCUGGGCUUGCCCUGGCGCAUGCUGAGGCCGCAGCUGGUGCGCAGCACAGAGGACAGCAUGCUGGAAUACAAGUCCUGGCUGGACGACUUGGCCGUGGAGCAGAGAAGCCAAGAGCACAUCCAGUCGAGCUUGCUGGAAGUCAUUUAUCGAAACAGAUCCAACUUGGAGACCAUAUUCAGGAUCAUCGACAGAGAUCAUUCAGGUCUCAUCUCAUUUGAGGAAUUCCACCAGACCUGGAAGCUGUUCAGCUCUCACAUGAAUGUUGAGGUCACAGAUGAUGGCAUCAACGACUUAGUCCGCAGCAUUGAUUUUAAUAAAGAUGGAAACAUUGACUUCAACGAGUUCCUAGAAGCCUUCCGUCUUGUCAAACAGUCCCAGCAGUGA